CGAAUUCAACCGUGCAUGCAAUCAAGGCGUUAACGCCAUCUGUCGAACUGAAAGCUUCAAUCACUUCGCGUUGGCCACAGCAGUUUCAAAACGACUUUGUUAUCAAGAAUGGCACAGGAAGGGACCUCCGAAGUUUGUCAGAUUAUAUUUGGUGCAAAAAACUUGGAGUAUCAGAUCGAACAGUUUGUCAGUUCCGGUGGCCAGACAGUUAAUAUCCUUCUAAGUGGCAAGACAGGAGUUGGCAAGUCUUAUUUGACAAAUGCACUCAUUGGAGAAAGCCUUGCGGUAGAAGGAUUUGACAUCAACCCACAAACUAACGACGUAAAUGCUUACGAGGUUGUCAAAAACGGCGUGACUAUCACAGUGUUCGACACUCCAGGACUUGCAGAUGCAACCGGCAAUGAUGAAGAAUAUCUGCGUAAAAUCAAGGAGAAAGUAACCCACUUCGACCUGUUUCUGUACUGCAUUGAGAUGACCACUAAGCGAUUCCGCACCGACGACUUGGAAACGAUAAAGAAGCUUACAGAAGCCUUGGGGGAGAAACUUUGGGAACAUGCUCUGGUGGUUUUAACCUUCGCCAACGAAGUCCCUCUAUCUCCAACCAAGAAGACGGCUGACGUACCUGAAGUAACCGUUUUCAAUGACCGCUUCUUAGCUUUCAAGAGAACGAUAAAGAAACAUUUGUUUGAUAUAGGAGUAGCUGAAAUGACAGUGACUAAUCUGCCAUUUACGCCAGCCGGAGAGUUGGAUGACCCAAGACUUCCAGAUAGAGAAGACUGGUUGACAGCAUUUUGGAUCGCAGCUUUCAAACGUAUCAACAGGAACGCAAAAGCUGCUUUCCUGAUGGCAAAUGUCGAUCGUAUUUUAUUUUCCUCCACCAUUGGUGAGGGAAACGAAGAAAGCAAAGUAAGGGAGGAUGGCAACGUUGUCAAUCUUAGCCAGAAAUUAUCCAUCGAAGAAAAUAAUGCAAUUGCAGAAUUCAGAGCAAAAUUGAAAGAGAACGCCUUUGACAAAGAGUUGAGCCGCUGUUUGAAGAAAACUGAGACGUCCGAUGAACCUGAAGAAGAGUGUCCCACAUCACCUGGUCAAGGUGCAAAGGUGUCAGGCCCCUCCAUCAAGGUGGACGAAACGUGCUCUGAAGGCCUUUUUAAGGACAUGUUUGGCGAUGUAACAGGGAACCUCAUCGGUGCGCUGACCGGUGCUAAGUUUGGUAGAAAGUACCAAACAUUCUUCGGCUGGUUUACGAAGUAUUUUAAGAAGUUUUUCCCAACUUCUCGACCCACUUUAGCUUUAAAGGAUAGGCCAGAGAGCAAGAAGGAAUGAUCACCAAAAGAGUGAAAAGAGGUAAACCGUGUGCCAUUGAGAAUAUCAACCACUUAGAUUUUGAACAUAUAAUCUAUCAACGAGAAUGAACUUUGUAUACUUAAAAGGUUCAUGCCAUAUUUCUGAAAACAAAUGCACUGUAGAAAAAAGGGUCGGAUAGGUUGCAUGUUAUAUGUAGGAUCGUUAGAGGUCCAAGCGUUUUUUUGUUACAAGAUAAGCCGAGUUUCAAGCAUCUGCAUAUAAAGUUGCUGAGUACAAUGAAGCUAUUUGAUUCAGAUUUAGAAGACCGAUUCAUUAAACUUUGGAAAAUGUCA